UUGAAAUGCGUUGUGUGUUGUGUGUUGUCUGCGCGCGGAGUUCAUUCCGGUUAAUUAAUUAAUUGUGAACGAAACAGCGAAGUGGAAAUAUGCCCGCUCGAGUGUGUGCGUAUAUGUGUGCGUGUGUGUGUGCGUGCGGGAGCGUAAGCAGAGAUUAAAUGCGGCCAACUCCCAAAAUGAGAACAAAUUGACCGACACGACAAACAAAAUAUAAAGAAUAACUGCUGCAAUGGAAUUGUGCAAUAAAUCACAUUAUAAUUUUAAUUAAGCCAGCGGUUGAGGCGAAGCAACAAGUAAAUGCAAAUGUUGUCGGCUUCGUGAACAUCACUGAAUUUCAACUAAAACUACGUGUUGCUUUUCAUACACAAGUUGUUUUUUUAAUUUGUUUUUACUUUUGCAAAUUUCCGACUCGUUUUCUAUUUUUUUUAUAUUUGCCAACGAAAGUGUACGUAAACCUAUGUUCGUAAUUGUACGUGUGUGUAAGUGUGUAUGCAUGUUUAUUAUUUUGGAAAAAGUUAACAAGAUCAUCAACAACAACAAUCAUUCACAAUGAGUGUGUGGAGCGAUUGCAACGCUAAGCAGUCAUUUGGCAUUGCCAAAUGCAAUUUUGAUCAGGAUACGAAGCCACAUCGCUUGAAUCUGGAUGUGGGCGAUGCGGUCAUAAUUCUCAAGGCAACCACACAUUGGUAUUACGGCUACAAGCAAAAGGAGAAGCAAACACGCGGCAUCUUCCCCAAAAGCUAUGUGCAUCUGUGUGAGUUCAACAUCGUGAAUGGCGAGUAUUGCAUUCGACGCACCGAUAUUGUCGAGGAGAUCACCAAGGUACUGCUGGAAUGGGGCGGCAUAGCGAAGAGUUACUUUUUGAGCACAAAUGAGAAGUUUCAGGUGAUACGGCCAAAGAUGAAUGAGCUGAACAAUAAUCGAGCAGCCUUGAUAUCCGGCAAUCUGCCGCUCGACGAGAUGCGCAAGGUGAAGCUGCAGGCGACGGCACAGAUUGACACCGGCAACAAGCUGCUCGGUCUCGACAUGGUCGUGCGCGACGAGAGCGGCGACAUCCUGGACACAAAUGCCAUCUGCACGACAGAGCUCUACGAGAAUCACGUGCAUGCGCUGGAGCGCAUAAAGAAGGCCAAUAGUUUAACUGGCGAUCGGGAGAGAACGCGUGGCUUUAACAAAUACUCGCACAACAUAUUGCUGCAUGUGAAUGCUUUUGUGUGCAAGUUCCAGGAGGAUUCGGACCUGCUGUUUACGCUCUUCAAUGGCGAGACGCAUAAGCCGAUUAGUGAGAACUAUGUGGUGAAGUGGUCACGAACCGGCAUUGCCCGGGAUAUCGAUCAGUUCGAUAAUAAUCGAGUGCUGUUCACCGAUCUCAGUCGCAACGAUUUGAACAUAUCGAAAAUCUAUCUGGUGUGCUUUGCCAUACGCAUUGGUUCCAUGGAGGUGAAAGAUUCCACAGACUCGAAGCGCACCAGCAUGAACAUUGCGAACAGUGUCCUCACGGCAGCCAGUCGAAAGCACUCGCAGCUGUCGGUCAAUUCGAACGGAUCCUCGGGCAGCGCCAGUGAGUACAUGAUGCGUCGUCCGUUCGGUGUCGCCUGCAAGGACCUGACGUCCAUUAUCAGCAAGCCGGAAGAUCAUCGCAACAAUCUCGAUCUGCCUUUCAUCAUGUGCGAGAAGGACACGUUGGAUGGCACGCUGCGCAAACUGAUUGCCAACAAGGACAUUGGCAAAAUCGAGUCCAAAAUGGCUGUCACUUUUGAGGUGUUGCGCGGCGACAUUAAACAGAUCAAGGAGGACUUUCCACGGUUGGUGCACACCAAUGUGCCCGUCGCCCGCAAAAUGGGCUUCCCCGAGGUCAUAUUGCCCGGUGAUGUGCGCAACGAUCUCUAUUUGACCAUUUGCAGCGGUGAAUUUGCACGCAUUGCCAAAACAUCGGAGAAGAACGUCGAGGUCACCGUUUGUGUGGUCAACGAAUACGGCGUGCAGAUGUCGGGCGUGAUGAGCAUCGGUGCCGGGCAUCCGCCCAUCGAUGAUUACAAGUCGGUGGUGUAUUACCACGACGACAAGCCCAAGUGGCAGGAGACAUUCAAGAUCCACCUGCCCAUCGAGGAGUUCAAGGUGUGUCAUUUGCGCUUCACCCUCAAGCAUCGCAGCAGCAACGAGCAGAAGGAUCGCUCCGAGAAGCCCUUCGGUCUGUCCUAUGUGCGUCUGAUGCAGGCCAAUGGUACGACCAUAACGCAGGGUCAGCACAUUCUCGCCGUCUACAAGAUCGAUCCCAAGAAGUAUGACAAAUUGGUGGCCAAAAGCUAUUUGGAGUUGCCGGCAACCAAGGCCGAGCUACUGGGUACCAAACCACCUACAGGUGGCCUUAGUCUGCUGCCCAAGGAUCAGUUAUGCAUUGACGUUAAUCUAUGCAGCACAAAACUAACGCAGAGUGUCAGUCUGUUGGGAUUGCUGCACUGGUCGGCGCAUAAGGAGACCUUGGAGCAGUCGUUGAAUGCAUUGGCAAAUGUACCCGGUGAGGAGGUGGUCAAGUUUCUGCAGGAUAUACUCGAUGCACUGUUUAACAUUCUGGUCGAGAACGAUCAUCAUGAAAAGUACGAUCAACUAGUCUUCAUGAGCAUCAUACAUCUGAUUGAAACGGUCUCCGAUUUGAAGUAUCAACAUUUUCUCACCGUUCUCGAUGUGUACAUCAAUGAGAGUUUCUCCGCCACUUUGGCCUAUACGAAACUGAUGGAUGUGCUGCAGCGCAAUAUCAGCGAUGCCAUCACACCGAGCGAGAAAUCCGCCGAUGGCAUUGAGCAUGAGGAAAGCACAGCAGUGCGACGCCUCUAUAAGACGACACGCUAUCUGCACUAUGUGAUGAAGUUUGUGAUUAGAUCGCGUGUUUUGUAUGCGGCAAUGAACUGUAAUAACGACUAUGUGGACUUUGCCACACGACUGCAGGAGCUGCUCAAAAUGUUCAUCAAUAUGAUCGGAUGCCCCAGCAAUCAGUUGAAGUCGGAGGGGGCGCUGCUCAAGAAUCUACAUAUCAUAGCCACCGAUUUGAUGGAGGUGUUUGAUCCCGUGGAUCUAAGCACAUUGAUCGUGGAGAUAUUGGAAAAGUUUCCACCCCGUCGUCUUACCCAGUCCAAAAUGGGUUGCAUCAAGGAUUUUGUGGAGACGAAACUGUUCGCCUUGCCCAAUUGCCGGGCCAUCUUGUUGCCGGUGUUCUGCAAGCAUAUUAAAGACCAUCUUGAGAGCAAGGAGGAGGGUGACUCGAAAACCGAUAUCUGGCAGCAAGAAAAGAAUCUUUCCAAAGCCGCUAAAGUGCUCGGACAAAAAAAAUCCCAACUGCACACACGAGAAACGACUGCCAAUAAAAAGAUCGCCGAGUGCAUCAACAUCAUGAACAACAUUUUGAAGCUGCUCUAUCGAUCGGAUGUUGGACCCACCCACAAUGAUGUGCGCGACAUUAUGAUCAAGCUGUUGCGAUCGGUGAUGAAGGCGGCGCAUUCCUUGGAUCGGGAUGUGGAUGUAGUCGGCCAGUUCUUUGCCAUUAUGCUGGGCAUUUUGCAGCGCAUGGAUGCCCAGCAUUACAAAUACUUUGUCAACGAUCUGCAUCAGCAGGGCGAACUUAAGGAUUUUGUCAUUGAGAUUCUGCUUGUGUUCGAGGAGCUCGUCUCGCCGCAUCAGAAGGCAGUUUUUCCUCGCGACUGGAUGGACAUGAUUAUGCACCAGAAUACGGUCAUCCUCGGCGCCCUGCAACAACUGAGCAUGGUCGUCACGGACUAUUUCCUCUGUCCGGUGUUCGAUAAGCAGAUCUGGUCGAAUUUCUUUCAGUGUUCGAUUGCAUUUCUGGUGCAAUCACCACUGCAGCUGAACGAUUUUAAUGAUAACAAGCGACAAAUUGUGUUUGCUCGUUACCGAGAUAUACGAAAGGAUACGGCCAAGGAGAUACGCAAGAUGUGGUUCCAGCUGGGCAAGCACAAGCCCAAGUUUGUGCCGCAACUGGUUGAGCCUAUACUGGAGAUGAGCAUGAUACCCGAAACGGAGCUGCGACGCGAAACGAUACCCAUCUUCUUCGAUAUGAUGCAGUGCGAGUAUUACAGCUCUCGCCUCGAACAGGAGAGCUACGGCGACACCAAGCACAACAAUGCCCAUCAUAAGGGCAACUUCUCUGAGUUUAAGACAGCCAUGAUCGAGAAACUGGACAUCCUAAUUGGAGCCGGCAAGGGCGACACGGAGUACAAGGAGCUGUUCAAGAAGAUCAUGCUGGAGCAUUGUGCCGCCCACUGUACGCUCAAUGUGGACGGCAGCAGUUUUGUGAGCAUGGUGACCAAGCUGAUGGACAAACUCUUGGAGUAUCGCUGCAUCAUCCAGGACGAGAGCAAGGAGAAUCGCAUGGCGUGCACGUUUUCGCUGCUGCAAUUCUAUUCGGAGGUGGACCUCAAGGAGAUGUACAUUCGUUACGUUUACAAGCUGCGCGAUCUGCACAUGGAGUUCGACAACUAUACGGAGGCGGCGUUCACCCUGAAGUUGCACACGGAGCUGCUGCAGUGGAACGAUACGGAAUUGUCGCCACAGCUGCGCAGUCAUCUCUUCGGCAGCUGUCGCACCCAUCGCGAGCUGAAGGAGGCGCUCUACUAUGAGAUCAUGGACUACUUCGACAAGGGCAAGCAAUGGGAGUGCGCCAUCGAUAUGUGCAAGGUGCUCGCACAGCAGUACGAAGAGGAGAUCUUUGACUACAUUAAGCUGUCCGAACUGCUGAAGCGCAUGGCCCAGUUCUUUGAGAAGAUACUCAAGGAGCUGCGUCACACAUCCGAGUACUUUCGCGUCUGCUUCUAUGGAUUGGGUUUCCCGCGAUUGCUGCAGAACAAGGUGUACAUAUUCCGGGGCAAGGAGUACGAGCGCCACAGCGACUUCUGUUCGCGCAUGCUAGUGCAGCAUCCGCAGGCGGAGCUGAUGCAAACGCUGGAGGCGCCGGGCGAGGAUAUAACCAACAGCGAUGGCCAGUACAUACAGGUCAAUAAGGUGGAGCCCAUUAUGGACGCUGCAUUCGCCAAGUUCAAUGAGAAGAUCAUCUCCAAUGAGAUUGUCAAGUACUUUACCUCUAACAACGUUGAAAAGUUUCGUUUCUCGCGACCAUUCCGCGAUAGCACCGGUGGCGGCGGCAUGGACGAUGUGCUCAAUCUUUGGCUGGAGCGCACUGAGCUAUUCACUCAAUUCCGCUUGCCUGGCAUAUUGCGUUGGUUUCCCGUCGUCGAUACGCACACGUUCAAGAUUUCGCCACUGGAGCGGGCCGUUGAGAUUAUGAAGGACACAAACAGGGACAUCAGACAGCUGGUCAUACUGUAUCAGAGUGAUGAAUCGUUGCACAUUAAUCAGCUCAGCAUGAAACUCAAUGGCAUCGUCGAUCCGGCGGUAAUGGGCGGCUUUGCCAAGUAUGAAGAGGCCUUCCUAACCGACGAGUAUCUCGAACAGCAUCCGGAUGAUAAGGAGCUUGUCGAGGAACUUAAGGAAUUGAUUGCCUUGCAAAUACCACUACUCAAUAUUGCCAUUCGACUGCAUCGCCAGAAGGCCCCAGACAGUCUCAAGGCGCUGCAGGAUCAUUUAGAGGGGUGCUUUGCGGACAUGAAACAUCACGUGGAAACGUGUUACGGCCGUAAAUCGUGCGACUUGAAAAUCGAUCGGGAUUCUGUGGUGAUGCGACGCACCAACUCCUAUUUGCCCACACUCUUUGACAACGGCAACAAUCGAUUGUCCGAGACCAGCAUGGGCUCCUCGGACAGCGGUCUGUCAAAGUCCACUUUUCUGCCACGUCCGCCCACAAAUUCCAUCAAGUCAACGCUGGCCAGCCUCAGUUUCAACACCAGACCCAGUUUGGGAAACACGCCCAGCACCAAAGGCUCUAAGUACAAGGACAAAACACCCUCCAAGCGGCGCUCCAUGAAAAAGGAUCGCGACACAUUGAGCCUGCCAGUGGCCAACUGCCAGUGGUAUACGCCGCCACUGUCCACAAUUAAUUCGACGCCCGAGAAGGAGAUCAACACAUCUGUCAACUCGCUGGCCAGUGCCUCCAAUAGCUCCUUUGGUGGACAAAAAACGCCUGAUCCACGCGUGCUCACUGAAGAGUUAACGCCCAAGCGGCCACUGCGUUCGGAGAAGGAAAAAGAGAGGCGCCUCUCGCGUCCAGCUAGCAUUGCGACGCCAACGGCGAGCAUUAAAAACUUUGCGGACACACGCUCCUUGUCCGAGGGCAGCAAUCGCAACUCAGUUGAAACGACCGAUUCAACUUCGGAGGAGGACUUGCGACCACCGCCUUUGCCGGCCAAGACGCGCGACUCCACCGAUUUUAGCAGUCUGACGCAUAGUCUGGACUGGAAUCCGAAUGGUUAUAGCAUGCUAAGCAACGUGAGCAUCAACACGUCCAACAUCAUCAGUAGCAUGACCACAACCAUGACAAAGACCAGUAUUACAAACACAUCGUACGAGUAUGUGGAGGCCACUAAUUUCAGCAUUGAUCCCAGCAAGCCACGUCCUCCAACGCCGCCGCCAAAGCCAUCGCGUCACAGCAAACACAUUCCAUGAAAGAAACGAAAAGCAAUUGUACUGUUGCGCCAUAAAAAAAAAAAAACAAAACGUCAACGAGGAAGCAUCAAGUGCCAAAUAUUCCUAUUACUACAUACAUAUAUAAACCUAUAUAGCACCAAUCGCGAGAAAAACGAGCAACAAGUUAAACAAUACACAAAAAGCAACAACAUUUGCCUCACAUGACCGACUACCAAAUAGCAACCGGCAUCAGUGUCUUAACAAACGAUCGCAGUAGAUUUAAGAUAAAGGCUUAUAACAAAUAUAUUUAGGAAGAUCUAUGUUUAAUGUUUAAUUAUAUUGAAAUGAUAUUAUGUUGAACAUGUCAUCAUUUUUGUCUAAGUUUAUAGUUUAUUUAUAUCAAUCAUAUAUUCGUAUGAUUGUAUAUCGAUAUCCUCUAUUUUUAUUUGUUUUCGAACAAAAUACAAUACGCACACCUGCUACUUGUCUUCCACAAGUCUUGGAAUUCCCUAUACAAUAUAUAUGUGACCAAACUGAAACGUAUCUAUACUAAGUUUAAGUUCUAAUACUGUUUAAACAACUCUACGUACGUUUCUUAUGCAAACAAGUGCCACAAUGUAGAACAAAACGAAAUUAAGAAUGGAAUCAAAUUUGUCCAAUUUGAAGCACAAAUUCAACUAGAAGUCAAUUACGCUGCAUGAUGCAAAAUAAAAUCUUUUAUUCAAUUCGUUAUCGAUUAGACAAAUUUACAACAAAGUAAUGUGCAAAACUAUUUACACAUAUAUCUUUAUUGUACGCUAAGUAGCCAUAAUAUCAACUUUUAAUACGUAACAUAUACUUAUGUACUUUACAUAUGAACAAAUAACUUUUUAAAUUUUGUUAUCCGAUAUACAUAUAUAUAAAUGUAUACCUAAAUUUAAGCAGCUAUGUGUAAUAUAAUGUAAUUUGCGAUCUAUGCAUUGGCCAAAGAUUAAGCAAUAAUAAAUUUCAUUUAAGCCAG